AUGAGUGGUCUAGAGUAUGCAGACUAUCGCCGUGCUCCCAUGUGCCUGGUUUACCUAGAGGACGUCGUCUAUCCACAUGAGAGUGGCGACUUCAUGACAUUGAUACAAAAUAUUAGUCGGUUGAAGGAGGCCUGGGCCCUUCAAGAGCUACUAGCUUCAAAAGAGAUUACCUUCUAUUCUAGAGAAGCCAUCCGCUUGUGCACAAAGUCUGAUAUCUUGCAAUCUCUAUCAUUGUGGACCAAGAUUGACGUCGAUAUUCUUGAGGAUCCUGCCAAGAUACGGGAUGCUUGUAUAGCUAAGCGAAUGUUCUGGGCUGCCGGCCGACAGAGCCGUUUGGAGACAGAUGUGGUACAGAGCCUAAAGGGGAUAUUUGAUGUGAAGGUCAUACCCUACCAAAGAAACAACACCCCAAAAAGCGUUUUCUGUCGACUUCAAUUCAGGCUAAUGAAGAUGUAUCCUGGCGAUCUUUCGAUAUUCGCCUGGAGGGCCCAAGAACCCGUCCCCUCUGCUAGUCAUGGCAGGCUGCUAGCAGAUUCACCUUCAGAGUUUGCCUCCUGCCAUCGUAUCAAUCUUAUUACGCCUUGCUCCCGACUUCUUCAAGCUCCUCUUCACACCGUCAAGGAUUGGGGUCAGAGCAAAUGGUUUCGGCACACAUAUACACUCCCAGAGCUGGUGGCCUCGAACGAAAUACUCUUUUUCACCAACACGUGGACGCCAGUGGGUUUCAAAAGUAACCUUUGCAAGGAACUGUCUUCCAUAACAGGCAUUGAUGAGGCUGUAUUAAGGGACCGGGAGAAAGUGCAAAAUACCAGCGUGGCCAAACGUAUGUCUUGGGCAUCCCAACGAAUCCCCCAAAAGAACAGAUGGGGUAGGCCAAUUGAAGAGGAAUCGGCACAUUGUCUGAUGGGGAUCUUUCAUGUGCCAAAACUGGCCGUUCACCUCACUAUUGGCCUGAAAGCAGCGAUGCUUCUUCUCCAGCAGGAAAUCAUGAAGGAAUACCCCAAGGACCUUUCAAUAUUCGAAUGGCAACACACGGAUGUUAAUGACCCAGGCACGAAUGGAGUGCUCGCGGGGUCUCCAUUCCAGUUCCGCUUCUGCGGUGAAGUUGAAUCAUUUGACAAUGGGAGCAAGAUAGAGCUGGUUGAAAACAGUGAUAACAUGUUUUCUAUCAAUGGGCUCGUUAUCUCUCAGGACCUGGACCGGAUUGGCUUGGUCCUUAACUCUUAUCACAACUAUAUCCGUCCUAGGGUGUACCCACUCAUUCUUCUCAGCAAAGAGCCGCCCAAAUCGCGAGAAUCGACCAAAGUAGGGUGUUACCGUACAGACGUUGGCAACAUGUGUUAUAUCUCUCCCGGUAAAGCUGUAACUAUGCCCACAGCACAGGGACUAAUCUACAUUUGCAAGGAUGGGGCCGCCUUCUUUCAAGGAGCCGUCUCCCCUGCUAAUCCAGCUGAUCUUUGGGGGGGGUUCUAG